UUGGAGUUCAUUUUGUUUGACUCAUGAAGCAAUAUAGGCCGCACUGCCACAGCCGCUUCCUUCCCGCAGCUUCAGCCGCUCGAUCGCCCUCCCGAGCGCGAGCCGCAGCACCGCUGCGCAGCCCUUCGCGGUCCAUGGCAGCGAAUUCCCUUCGGGGCGGUAAGAAUGUCUAUGGACCUCAUUGCUUGCAGAGCAACUGGUUCGAGGAGCGCUUGGAGCCUGUGAAGCAUCAGGCAGCUCUUGAGAAACUUCAUCAACUUCCUGCUGCUUCAGCAAAGACCUGGACAAAGACCUCAGAGUCUUACGGCGAGCAGUUCAAGGAGGUCAUGGACAAGAAGGGCCCCGCCUUGGAAUCCGCAAGCUGGCUUAGCUACAUGAAGACUGACGCGGCAGACAUGUACGCUUCGACUCAUGUGAAGUCCUUCCAGCAUCCGGGCCUCAUGGUUGACUCAAGUGAGCUGAAAUUGCCGAUGACAGUGGAGCAGCUUGAGAAGUACCGGGAAACCUGGACCAAAGGAGAUGCAGAUCGUUUUCAACGAGGUUGACUGGACCAAAGAGACGGUCGAAAAGGAGAGGCAUGCCGUUGUUGGAGCUCCCCUUGCCGUAGUUGCAUUCGCGUAGCUCUAGGAAUUCGUGAGAAGCCGCAAUGCAGGAUGGGGCAGCUUAGUUGGCUUGUGGAGCU